AUGUCUCCAAUCGUUGCUGUCUACAUCCAUCCCAUCUACCAUGGGGCCGGUACCAGCGGAGACAUCGCCCUUCUCAAACUGCAGUACUCCAUACAGUACACAGACUACAUCAUGCCAAUCUGCAUCCCUGAAGAGACCGUGCAUUUCCCCAGCGGCAUGUACUGCUUCGUCACUGGCUGGGGCUCCAUUAGACAAGGAGUGAGCCUGUCGUCUCCCCGAACCCUUCAGCAGGUCGAAAUUCCAAUUAUAGAACAAGCGGAUUGUGACUCCAUGUACCACAUAAAUAACCCCACACUGAAUCCCAAUUCCACCAUCAUCCAAUGGGACAUGAUCUGUGCAGGAUACAAGGAUGGGCAGAAGGAUGCAUGUCAGGGUGAUUCUGGCGGCCCCCCUUGCUUGCAGAUGGGACGGCUCAUGGCUUCUCGCCGGCAUUGUCAGCUGGGGAUUCGGCUGUGCCCUUGCCAACCGCCCAGGUGUCUACACCAGAGUGGCAGCGUACUCCGCUUGGAUCAAACAAUACGUCCCAGGGUUCCAGUUGACUCCUGCUGUGAUCACUCCACCAUUUAA